UUUGUUUUUACACCAUGUACCGUUAUAGACCGGGUCGGGUGCUGCCGGACAGAAUCCAAAUCUCGCGCAGCACAUAAGCAAAGCAGGAGAAAGGCAAAAACGCUCCCGUCCGAGAGUGGACGACACAGAAGGACGUGAUAGUGAUCAUUGCUACGCUACACAAGAAGAAAACGUGAAAGAGAUCCGAGGUGCGUUUGACCGGCACAAGUUUAAUGAUCGCGGCGACCAUCUCUCGGCGCACGCAACGGAACGGAGAAAGAACCAUUCAUUUUCAGUUUCAGUCGACGAGAACCCAUCGUGCGGUUUAGACACUCGCGACAGUCAGUGAUAAGACGCCAGCAGGGCAAUAGGUUCGUUUUCCGGUUGAUUUUAUGAAUUUCUUUGGAGAGGCAAGAGUGCCCACAGUGAUUAAGUGAUCAGAAGUAUCCCCCUUGGGAGUUGGUUGAAAUUUGGUCUGAUAAGUGAACUUAAAGCUCAUUGAGGCAUGUCGGGAGACGUUCAGCCAAGGAAGCGCAAGGACAAGAAGAGGAAGAAAGAUGAUGAGGACACCGUUAAGGAAACCCCCGCUCCCAAGGUGACGGCCGGAGCCGCCCAGGCUGCCACUCAGCCAGGUGACAUUCAGAUGCACGUGCACAAUGAUCACGGUACCGGAGGACACUGGUGUGCAAAAGUUGUGUUCUUUAUUCUCCUGACCGGGUUGGGUGCUCUGAUUGGUUUGAUCAUUCUCGAGAAUCGAGGUGUUUCGAAUGCCGACACGCCCCUAUCGGAAUCGCGAUACGCCGAAUACUUUGACGGGUGGGUGGACGAAAACCGUGAAGAUGAUCAUCACCACGAGGAGAUUCUGGAAGCGUUGAAUCAACUGGAUGAACACGAAGAUGAAGAACACGGUGACCAUGGUGGUGACGAUCAUGGUGAAGAAGAGGAAGAAGAUGAUGGGGCUCCUUACGCCGAAGAAGAAGACCAUGAUGAAGAACGUGAGCUGGAAGAUGAAGAAGACGAAGGUGAGCUUCCGAAGUUAGACGACGACGAGGUAGAGGAAAUUGUGGCCACCGAAAAGAAGGUCGUUCGGCAGGAAGCGCAAGCUGCAGCGGACGAUGAAGAUGACGAUGAUGAUACUAAUGAGGGUGGUUAUGAAGCCGAUGAUGAUAAUCAGGCUGACGCCGAAGAAGAUGAGGAAGAGAAUGAUGAAGAAGAAGAUGAAGAAGAAAUAGAGUACAACGACGAAGAAGCCGAUGAUUUCGUCGAUGACGGUGGUGACGAAGACGUCGAUGACGAUGACGACGAGAACGAUAAGGAAGAUGAUGCUACAAAAACAACCGCAAAGACAGUUGACGACAACGACGACGACGAUCAACCUGAUGAUGAUGAUGACGACAACGUGAAUGAUGGAGAUGAUAAUGAUGAUGGCGAGGAUAAGGAUACCGGUGCUGGCGAUUUCGGCGACGAUGGAGAUGAUGAUAAUGAUGAUAAGGAACCUGAAUUGGAACAAAAUGAUGAUGAUGAUGAUGAUCAAAAUGAUGAGGAUCAGGAUGAUAAUGACCAAGACAGUGACGAUAAUCAUGGUCUGAACGAAGUUGAUGGUGACAAUGAUGAUGACAAUGACAAUGACGAUGGUGAUAAUGUAGAUGACGAAGAGUUAGACAACGAUGAUGAUGAUGACAAUGAGCCGGCAGUCGCUGAUCGUCAAACCGAUGGCGACGCUGAUGACGAUGACAAUGACAAUCAAACUGCUGAUGAUGGUGAUGAUGACGAUGAUGCCGAUGAAAUUGAUCAGCUCGCUGGAGAAGAUGACGAUGACGACGAUGAUACCGUUGAAGGAAACUCACCAUUCGAUGAGGAGAAUCAAACUAAUGCUUUGAAUGAUCAAGCUAACAAACUGAGACCGAGAGAUGUUGUACAGAAUAAGACUGAAGAAGUUAUAGUUGAUAAGGAUGCUGGAAUAGAGAAGACUGUUAGGACAAGAGAUUCCAUGAAGGAUGAAACGCCUGUUGAACCAAUCGUUAGUGCUGAAUUACUAAAAACUCAAAUGGAUGAUCUGGUAGAAAACUAUAACAAACUAGCUGAAAUGAUGAACUUACCUAAAGAGGAAACUUUUGUUCAAAAGGAUCCCAAUCAAGUGAAUCAUAAGGACGAUGAUGAUCAAGUGAACGAAGACGACAAAAAACCUACCACCGCUAACGACAACAAUGACGAUGAUGAUGAAGAUGACGAUGAUAAUGACGACUUUGAAAACUUCGUCGACAAUGACGGUGGCGAAGAAGAGUACCUCGCAAAACUACGGAAGGAACAGGAGCAACGAACCCAGCAGAAACAACAAGAAGAAAAAGCCGAGCCCCGAGAAGAAUCGUCUCUUGUGGUGCAGAUCUUGGUUGGCGCAGCCCUGAUCGGAGCUGCUCGUAUCCUUCUGAUGCCUUCCGCCCGUGGUUCUUCGCCACGGCCACAAUCAGUAUCCCAUGACCAAACGGCGCCAUCGAAAAGCGCAUACCAACAUCCCUCUUCGGUUGACGAACAGGAACAGGAAGCCACCUUGAUGGGCAAUCUGAGCGAACGACUGCUCCGGACCGAGAUGGCAGCCGCCAAUCUGGUCGAGAAAGCCGAAAUUAUAGAGGAGCUGCUUAGUUCAGGGCAACAACCUCGUUCGGUAUUGGAGGAUUUCGUCAAUGCUGCCAGCAGUGGAUUGGAAGAUGAGGAAAUUGUCGAAGGCAAUGUCAUCCUCAUCGAAGGUGACGACGGAGAACUGUACUCCGGGGAUGAUGAGUACGACUACGAACUGGAAGAUGACUACGGCGAAGAGCUUGAAGAAAUUGAAGAGGAGGAAGAAUACGAAGAGGAAGAAGAACGAAAACUGGUCGAACAGGAACUCGAGAUCGGCUCCUUUGUGCCGACGACUUUCGAAGAGUUCAGUUCUAUGUACCGGUCGCCUUCGAGUGGCGAAACCAACGAGUCUAUCCCGGUGCCUCCAGAACCGGUUUCUGAGCCAACCCCAGCUGUUGUGGCCCCUGAACCUCCAAUCAAGGAAUUUCCAAAAAGUUCACACAAAGAAUCUCCUCUAAUGAAGAAAAAGCCCCCCAAGGGAGCAUUGAACAAGCUCAUCUACGGACUCCACAAAGAACCACUGAUCACUGCAGAGGAUCUCCAGCAAUCGAUAGAGGCUAGAGCAGUAGCAUCUACGAGUCAAUCAACAAAAGAGAAGCACGUGGAGUUCAUACUUCCGGAACAGGUUUCGGAAAUUCCUUCGCCCGAAGAGGAACUUCCCAUGGAAGUUCCCGAAGAUAUUGUCGAUAAUGGAAGUAAAGAAAAUCUAUUCAUUCCCUAUGAUGAUGAUGGAGAUAUAGAAGACUCGUACGAGGAUGAACUGAUGUAUGAAGACGAGGAAGAGCUGGAUUCGGUUUUGCUGCGACAGUAUCCUUCGGAUGAGGAGGAAGAACCGUUCUCGGACGACGAUCUUUCCGAUGUCGAUGAUUCAGAGUUGAUGAGACGCCUGGAAGAGAAAUACGGCAAGUUGGAGGUGAAGAAGGAUCCUGUCGCCCAACCCGAGGACGAGGAUGAAGAAGAAGGCAGCUGGACAAAGAUUCCCUCUAGGCCUAGUGAAUCUCAAAUCUACGAGGAAGAACUGAAUCGAGCGAGAAGACAUCUCGAUGAGCUGAAGAAUCCGAAGAAAGCACUGGAAGAAUACGAGUCACUGCUGCGUAAACAUCGAAGCCUGGUUCCGGCCCUGAUUGGCAAGGCACGUGCCCUGGAUGCUCUGGCUGAGCAACAGCAAAGUAAUACACUGCUAGGGGAAGCCAUCGAAGCCUACAGGGAUGUGGUAUUUUUGGGGAAGGCCGUAGAUGACGAAACGGUCAAAGUCGCUGGAGAGCGGUGCAUCGAUCGGUCUCGAUUCCGUGGACAGUACCUGAAGGUGGUCGAUGUACACCAGGAGCUGAUACGGCGGUUCGAUUCCGAGCCCAAGUUCAGGAAUCAACUGGCGGUGACCUAUCUGCUGGCGAACAGAUUGGCUGAAGCUAAGGCAGUCCUUCACGAAACCUUAAUGCGCUGGAUCGACGAUGGAUUUGCCCUGGUCCACUACGGGUUUGUGCUGAAGAAUCACGAUAAAGACAUGGAACUGGCAGCGCAAUAUCUUCGCGAGGGCAUCGAAACCGAACAGGAAGGAACUCAAGAUGGACGAUUUUACUUCCAUCUGGGAGAUGCCUUGCAGCGACUAGGGCUGCAACAGGAAGCCUUGGACGUAUAUCGAAAAGGUGCCGAGAAGAAGCUGUUUCUAUCGAUGUAUCAACGAUCGUUGUACAAUGUGGACAGUCUCAAGUCACGUCCGUUUUGGACGAUCGAGCAGACCACAUACGCUGCUCAGCUGGAGUUGAUCCGAUCCCAGUGGACGGCAAUCCGCGACGAGGGCCUCAAGCUGCUGAACUCAGCUGGAAAUUUCAAAGACGAAGCCGAGAACCUCCGUGACACCGGAGAUUGGAAGCAGUUUGAGCUGUUCUUCCGGGGUCAUCGGAUAGACAAGAACUGUGCCAAAGCACCGCUGACCUGUCGGCUGGUGGAACAGUUUGCGGCGGCUCGCAGUUGCAAACGAGGUCAGGUGAAGUUCAGUGUGAUGCACCCGGGGACGCACGUGUGGCCGCAUUGUGGACCAACUAACUGCCGAAUACGGGCACAUUUGGGACUGAAGGUGCCGAGCGGCACGUUUAUACGUGUCGCGGAAGAAACGAGGUCAUGGGAGAACGGUAAGUGGCUCAUCUUCGACGACAGCUUCGAGCACGAAGUGUGGCACAAUGGCACCAGCACCCGGCUGGUGCUCAUUGUCGACUUUUGGCACCCGGACCUGACGGAAUCUCAGCGAAAGUCACUUUCGCCGAUCUGAGAAUGCAACAACAGCGGUAUUCGUCACACCAGGUAAUUUCGAAUCAAAAGCCUUAUCUCGGUGCAAACUCUCACCAAAGACGUUAGAUGUAACACAAAAAAAAAGGUCGAGGUCGAUCAUGUAUCAAAUAGAAAAGUGCAUUUCUUUUUAAUCGCUGCUUUAUUUUAUGUUUUGAUUUGAAUUUUACAAACCGAGUGAGAUGUAGAAACUAUAAGAGCGAAUCAUCUGUAUAUGUUAAGUGAGAAAUGAGAAUAUUUUUAGAAGUUUGUUUAUACAUGAACAAAUACGACUACUUGAGUUUAGCCAUGAGGACAAUCAAAGACUUAAAGGAAGAGGACAAAUAUCGUAUUAUAAGAGUUUUAAUACAAAUCGUUAUUAAA